AUUCAUUCUUCGUCUUUAUAUUCAUUUUGUUUAUUUCUAUAUUUUAUUGAUCCAUUUCUUUCUAUAAAGUGCAAGUGUUCAAACAUUUUUGCUACAAUAUAGGAAUUACCAUUGCAAGACGCAAUUAUUCUCUCUUGAUUUUACUUUCGCUAAAAAAUUCGGAACAUUUUAUAAAAUGUAAUCUAUUUCCGACAGGUCGGCUUUAUAUUUAACUCAGCGGUGACAAUAAUGAACUUUGAGUAUGACCAAGGAGAAGAUGAUAAUUUAGAGCAACAUAAAAUGCUUCUGAAAUAUAUAGUAAUAUUCUACGUUAUCAUUCAUUAUUCUCAAUUGGACUCGUAAUGCUUGUUUGUUGGCAAAUACUCAGCAUGUACAUACUGCUGAUGAAUGAUUAUAACUCUGCUCAUUCCUUGAUUGAUGCUCAUAGAUAUUUACGUAGAUAUAUACAUAUUAUAUAUAUAUAUAUAUAUAUAUAUAUAUAUACCUAUGUAUAUAUGUAGUUAGUUCAGUGAACCAACUAAAUAUCAGUGAUAUAAGUAAAUAUAUGUAUAUAAACAUGUAUCUGCGCAACAUGUUGCAAGAGAAUACAAAGUAGCAGCAAGAAACUGUGUGAUCUAAAUUCUUAUCAUUCGUGGAAUUUGUAUGGAAUUUUUUGUUUCCAUAUUUUUAUAUUUUUAUACAACAACUAUAUAAGAGUGCAAAAUGAAUAAACAACAAAUGAGCUGAGAAUAUAUUUCAAUAAAAAUGUGUGUUUGUGUCUUAACGCGGAGACUUUCUACUCAUUAUAAUGUUAAUACUCUUUUACGUUUCUCUCAACAACAAUAUUAUUGAAUUACAAUAUAAAGAGUUUCAAAGAUGCAAUCUGUUUUAUUUCUGCACUGUCCGACCAACGAUCCGUUUCGGUAAAUAAUCCUAAAGCAAUAACCAACCAUGUUAAUUGUGUUCGACGAACGUAUUCGAAUUCCGUAAUCCAAAAAAUCCCAACAAAGUCAAAUCCAUUAAAAGUAGCAAAGUGGGUGAUAAAAUAUUCUGUGGAAUAAAUUGACGUUAUUUUGUAGAAUGGGAAAUAAAUUGUUAUUUUUGGGGCUUUUCUACACGCUACUCUAUGGACUAGCGCCAAAGGAGCUGAGCCCGACCGUUUAGCCAAUACAAUCGAAGAAGAGCAAAGUGUAGUAUAGGAAGCACUAGAAGGUAUGUCCGCGCAAAUAGUAGCAAUGGAGGAACGCUGGAAUCAGAAAUUGUCUAAAGUGUACAACCGCCAAACAAACAGCUUGAAUCAAAAUGUAAAUGAAUUAGACAAUCAGCUGACAAAAAGUAUAAAUAAAUCAGGUUCAAGGACUAACAGAUUAGUAUAGACCCCUACUAAAUUAAGAGUACUUACAUUGACAAGUUUCAUGUAAGUACCCAAUUUGAAUGUUUUUUCCUCUGUUACCGAUUGAUUAAUUGUGGUCAUCGUACACUCUACUUACAGUCCAGACGUUGUCACAACUCAGAAACGUCCAGCAGAGUUUGGUAAAUUCCGCAUUAUUUUGCAUGUUCAUCAGGAAGAAACUCGGUUUGAACGCUUUACAAAUUAGCGGUAUCUAAAACAUUCUUUUAUUGCUGAUUGUUUAUGUGAAUUUAUUUUUGUUUUUAGCUUGCGAGAAGAUUACAAACGAGUUGCGUUCGAGUAUAGAGUCCAAUUAUACUGGAAGACCCUCUCACCUGUGGCUUUAUAAAUCUGAUAAUCAACUUUCUAAAUUUUGCAAUGGUGCUUUGAUCGACAAACGUUUUGUUUUAACUUCGUCAGAAUGCAUUCGCACAACUUUACGAAAGUAAGCACUGAGCCUUUCUUAUAUUCAUGGAAAAUGAGAAGAAAAUAAAGGCAAUUCACAUACAUCCUUACUACUCAUCCGAAUCAGUUACCCUUAACAAUAUUGGGUUGGUUGAACUGGAAAGUGACGUGAUUUACACUUCCGAACUAUAUCCCGUGUGCUUAUACGUUUCCCAAUUGAAUCCAGAGGGCGUUGACUGGAUUUAACGGCAGAAUUCAGAUUGUGGCGGAGACUAAAUGUGUUGAUAAGUCUUCUAAUAGCCUGCAGCCAUCACAAAUAUGUGCAAAGAAUUCAGAAUAUCCUUGCAGUUACGCUGGCGAGCCGAUCUUUGUGGAAGAGAAAACGUACGCGAAAUAUCAACUGUUUGGAAUUGGAGCAAAGUGGACAUGCGAUUAUGAACCUCUUGUAAUAACCAAACUGUUUGAGCAACUGAACUUUAUAGAAAACAUUGUUUGGCCGAAAAGUGGAAACUGAAUUUCGAAAGUGAACAGUAUUGCGUUCUAUAAAUGAGCUAAGCAGUUUCUUCUGAUUCCGAAUUUCGAAAAUCGUUGUUUUCUGUGGUCUAGAGCUUAAACCGUAAAAAUGUAGUUUUGACUUUGAAUACUCAAAUGAAAUAUAAACAGACAACCUAAUUCUAAACUUGUAAAGAGUGUCAAGAAAAUGUGGAGCCUUCAACUGGAUACUUGCAAAUUUUAAUUGACACUGCUUUGAUGCAUUACUCCAUCUUAUCUCUCACUUUUACUUUAUAGUACUUUUCGUUUACGAUCUUGUUGGAACUAAUAUAGUUUCAGAAUCUUAAUAUUGGCUACUUAUUCAUCCAAAGCUAGUAUAACCUGAGAAUAUCUAAAUAUAUUAAGUAGAGUAAACAUCGAACAAGUAUAAGAUUACUGUGUCAAAUCUCUUAAAGGGUUAAAGUAUUCUGAAGGGAUCUCUUAUUCCGAUUCUAUAAAUGUAUAUCGCAUAUUAAAUAAUUAAUAAAUUAUGACAUUUAAUAGAUAAUGCAAUUAGAUUCACCAAUUUGGUACAGAUUUUGCUUUAGAGGCUUCAUUGAUCCUUAUUUACUGUUAUGUGGCAUUGAGAACAACACCGUGCUUGCGCAUUUCUAUGUUUAAUAAUUCACAUUAUUUUAGAGAACGUAAUCUAUUUCCAACUGGUCGGCUGCAUAUUCAAGUCGGCGAAGGUGGCAAUGAACUUUCAUUAUGGAUUUAUAAAAAAUAAUAAAGUCAAGGAGCACAACAAUCACUACAAUUCUUCUGAAAUACAUACAUACAUAUAUAGUAUUAUUCACCGUUAUCAUCGAAGUCGCAGUUGACCUUAUAGUGCUUGUUCAUGCAUUUUUUGCAGGAGUUAUAAAUAACUCAAAACGCGCAAAACUGAAUGCGCUGAUAACAUAUUUGAAUAAAAUAAUUACUUGGUGUAUGUGCACCAACGCAAUGAAUGGUCGCUGCUUGCUUACUUUUGGUGUACUCCAUUGCUGUUUUAUUUCAGCAGCAGAGCUAGCUGCUCUCAUGCGAUCAGCUGACGCUAUGUUCUGCUAUUUUUUGUUUUUUUGUUAAGAAACGUUUUUCCCGGAGAAGCUUGGCUAAUUAGCACUAGCUAACUCUAAAACACCUAAUGAGUCAUGUUAAGCUGAAACAAAUGUUUCGGUGAAAUAACUAUAGAAAAUAUAAAUAACUAUAUAAAUAUAUCGUUGUUUUUCAUUAUAGCAUAUCGCUGUAUAUAAUAAUAAAGUAAAAUGUACAUAUAUCCAAAGUUGAAGUAAAAUAUAAAGAUAAGGCAGAAGCAUUAAACAGACACAUGCCAAUAGUACGGACGUCAUCGAUACUGAGGAGAUUAGCAUGGGUACACACAGCAUCUGAAGUGCUUAUAAAUAUUUCGUCUCGUGUCGUCACGAUUAAUGUGAGUAGAACAGUAACUCAGAUGUGUAUGUGUAUAAAUGUACAAAGAGCAAGCCCUCAAUCAAGCGAGCUUUAAAAAAUAUUUAAUAAUGUUGAGUGGCAUUUAAUCUACAGUAGAAUAACGCUGUAUUUUAAAAAAGUCAUUAUGAUAUACAUAUACAUGGCGCUCCAUUUGCUCACGAGAAUGACAACCCGUGCAUGUGCGAUCACUUACGCUCUUGUAACACAUGCUAAGGCUCCGCCCAUGCCUGCUCGUAGAUGGGAGACUAGCCAAAUUUGCUGGAGCAACAAUCUGUUUGGUAAAUACGCAACAUACACUAUAAAUGGAUUAGCAUAUUUCCUCCAAUCAUACUGCUCAUUCGUUGGUCGGUAUAUAUUUACUUAGCUAAUGUAUAUUAUAUAUGUAUAUACAGUAAUCUCCGCUUAAGUGCGCCUUCAUAACAUGCAAUACUUUGGAGACACUUAAGCGGGAAAGGCACUUAAAUGAAUCCCGCUUAAGUGCCUCGAGAUACUUACGAAGCUUUUUCUGAAAUAAUUCGAUCUAAUAUUUUUUUCAUUUAGAAUGAAAGUCACAUUUAUUUCUUAUUAAUAACAAAAAUACUUACUAAUAUCAAUAAAAAUUAAAAAAAAAUCAUUACAAAACUAUGUAUAUGUUUUCCUUUUGACAUGCGUAGCGCAUUUCAAUGUUUAAAAUAUUAAAAGGCACUUAAAAGAGGAAAUUUGCAAACAUUUUUUGUUGCUUAAAUAUUACAGGCAUUUAAGCGGGAAAAACACUUAAGCGGACACUCUUAAACGGGGAAUUUUAUAUGUAAAUUUAGAGCAAAAACAACGAUGUCGCAAAAUAUGUCAUCACUGUCACAUUCUGCCUUAAUGACUGGAGAACACACAUAUGAGAAAAACAUUUGUUUGGAGAGAGACUCGCUUUCAACUUCUCUUCAGUCCUUCUCUUGGAAGCAGUUUCUUUUAAAUAUUUCACUUAUUUCGUCCUUUCACACAUUCUUCAGUUCAAAAUUUCAACCUAUCAACAAAACUGAGUAAGAGUGGAUACGUAAACAUAUAUGUAUACAUACAUAUCUGAGCAACAUGUUGCGUGAGAAACAGCGUAAAGAACAUCAAUGUUUCUAUCUGCAUUCUUAGCAUUCGUGAACUGGAUUGAAAUUUUAAGCUUUUCAAAUAAGUGGUGUCCCUCCACUGUUUCUAAUUCAGUACUCUUUUGCGUUUCUCUCAACAGUAGAAUCAUUCUAUUUACAAUAUUUGACAAAAUCGCGCCCAAUAACUGAUAAAAAGCUUCAGAGACGAAAUCAGUUUUAUUUCUGCGCUGUAUCAAAACGGAUCGCGUGUUAUUAAGUAAGUGAAUUGGAACAAAUAAAAUUAUGAAGAAUACAAGUCAUUUAAUUUGAUCUCCAUAAAAGUUUCUUCUUGAGAACGCCGCAGUGUUGUGAAGUCCAGGCUUAAUAGGCCACCUUGGUAUAAAAUAGUGCUUAGAGUUCAGAAAUCUCACUCCCGAAAUAAAAGUAUGCACUUUUUAUAGCCAUAUUUUAAAUGUAUCAAUUUCUAAAAGAAUAUUCACACACUGGACAUAACAAAUUCAAGAAGAAUCAUAAUAUCUACAUAUUAAAAAUUCUUAAAACAUUUCGUAUUGACAGCCAAUUGAAAUUAUUUUGUAAUAUGGAAAAUAAACUGAUAUUUCUUGGACUUCUCUUCGCGCUACUGCAAGCAACGCACGCAAAAGAGGCUGACCCCGACCCCUACCUUGAUGAUGGGUCCAUAACUAUAUAUGUAGACGCCGGUAAGGAAAUAGACAAUUACCUAACUUUGAGUAAACAAAUCGAAAAAACGCAACAUCUUAUAGCAAGUGCGCUGGAAAGAAUGUCUGAGGAAAUAAAAGCAAUGGCGAAAAGAAUUUCUGACCAAGCUAAAGCAACAGAGGAAAAAUGUAAUCAACAAGUGACAGCGGAGGCCAAAGCAACAGAAGAAAGAUUAAAUCAACGAGUGACAGCGGAGGCCAAAGCAACAGCGGAAAGGUUAAAUCAAGGAGUGACAGCGGAGGCCAAAGCAACAGCGGAAAGGUUAAAUCAACGAGUGACAGCGGAGGCCAAAGCAACAGAGGAAAUGUUAAAUCAACGUAUGUCUGCGGAGAUAAAAGCAAUAGAUGAACACUGGAAUGAGAAAAUAUCUAAAAUGAGUAGCCAGCAAACACAAAGUAUAUCGGGGAAAGUUCCAUUGUUGAAUCAAACCGUAAAUGAGUUAAGCAACCAGCCGAGAAAAAGCUCAAAAUUCGCCACACCCAAAAAUCGUCCAGCAGAGCAUGCGUGCGAGAAAAUAAGAAAGGAUUUACGAUCGAUUGGAUUAACGUAUAUUACUGGCACUCCCAUCUACUACUUUUGGCUUUAUACCCCUAAAAAAAAUCGUAAUUUUUGCAAUGGCGCUUUGAUUGACAAACGUUUUGUUUUAACUUUAUCAGAUUGCUUCUUACCGGACACAUUUAUAGAAGUAAAAUUAUCCUUCUCUUCAGGUCCAAAAGGAAUUAAGGCAAUUCACAGACAUCCCGACUACUCAUCUGAAACAGCUUCCCUUCACAAUAUUGGUUUGAUUGAAUUAGACAGUGAUGUGGAUUACGCUCACGACCUGUAUCCAGUGUGCUUAUACACAUCCCAAUUGAAUCCAAAGAUCUUGAAAAAUAGAUACUCAGAACUUCAGAUUGUGGCGGAUACAGAAUGUGGAAAAAAGUACACUUCAACUGAGGUAUGUGUACGGAACUUAAAACAUGGUAGUGUUUCCUCUGGCGAGCCGAUAUAUGUAGAAGAGACAGAAUUCCCCAUAUAUAAGUUGUUUGGACUUGUUGGAAAAAAAUCUUACGAUCGUAAACCCUAUUGGAUAGGUAAAGUGUUUGAUCACUUGGACUUUAUUGAAAGCAUUGUAUGGCCAAGGAAUGAUUAUUGAAUUUUUUAUGUAAAAAACAUUUUCCAAUAAAAUGGUAAAUUAAUAAAUUUA